UUGUUUCGCUAUCUUUGAAUCCCGAAAUCACGUUCACUGUCUGUUCAGUGGGUUUGAUAGAAUAAUAUAUCCAUGUUGUAGUUGUAAACAUGUAUUUAUAUAUGUAGCAGAACAUCGCAUUUGUAUUUGUGUUGGCUUCUGGAACACAGACUCUCGCAACAAAAAUAAGCCGUAAAACUACAAAAUUGAUUUUGUAAAACGGGUUUGGAGAACACAGAGUAGAACAAACGAACAAACAGGCGCGUUGGUUUGAUUUACCAAAAGUUGACCUACGAGAAAAUAUCAACAAAAAAACUACUAUUCCUGAGAAAAUUUAUCAAAAUAUCGCCGACUAUGAUAUGUCCGGGGUGAAAGCGAUGUCCUGAUUGUAGAUUGACUGACAAUGAGUUUAGCAGUCAGCUUGAACAGACUACCAUCCUAUGUGAAGGAAUCCGCCUAUUUUCAACAGCCACAGCAAGAUAAGACAACCAACAGGCCCUCGCCACUCAGUGGUGUUGUCCCAUUGAAGUUUCCAGCAACAAGGAAUAUACUGUGGAAUAGAUCUCAGACUGGUCCAGCAUGUAUCCUGCAUCCCACACAGAAAAAGGAGAUAAGCUUCCAUAUACUGGAGAAGACAUUACAACUUGCUCACCGUCAUGCCAAACAAGCCAGUAAACAACCUUAUAAUUGCUUUCUCAUUGCAUCAGUUAAUAUUGAUUCAGGUGAUGGAAUAACUGUGACUGUAGAUCGAUUUGAUCCAGGUCGUGACCUGCCCGGUAGACCAUGUCGUGUUCCUACUGCUCAACUACCAGGGGACCAUCUCAUUCCCCUUGGAGUAACAAUAACACCACAAGAAAACCAGUCACCUUCUACUGAACAAUUCAUUGCCUCUUUUAAGUUACUGCAUCACCAGUGUACAAGUAAAGAUUCCAUCGAUGUCAACCGACUCCUCUCAUUGAGAGCGCAGUGUUGUUGCUAUGACAACGAUGAAGAUGUCACUUUCAAUCUACAUAUCACCGGGGUUUCGGCAUCAACAGAGUUUGAAGCCGUCCCCAUCAACCCAAUUCCAGUAAUACCCACAGCACUAGCUCGUAACUUAUCCGGUCCUCUCAGUCUAAGUGAUGUACAAGGCACUCCAAAAUCAGGGUAUUUAACCAUGGACCAAACCCGAAAAUUAUUGUUAUUAUUGGAGUCAGAUCCAAAAGUUCAGAAUUUGCCACUGGUUGGAAUUUGGGUGAGUGGUAUUGCCUGUAUUCAGAAUCCAUUUGUCUGGGCAAGCUGUCUGAGGUAUAUGUUUAACAGUGCCAUUCAAGAAAGGGUGUGUAGUGGAAGUCAGGGCUUUCUACUAGUGCUGUAUUCACCAACACAUGUCAACCCAGAGUUUUACGAGUGUAUCGCUAAACAAGAUAAACUCAACUUCCAGCUAUUUACUUGUGAGGAAAACCUACAUACAUUUAAGCAUGGUGAGCAGAGUUCACGUCCACCUACACAGCUGGAGCUACUGCCAGCUACUACUGGGGCUUACAAAGAUGUAUUUAUGGAAGCUGUCAAACAAACACCACAAAUAGAAUCCAGUCCUGCCUUGCCACCUGAGAUACAGCUGCAAAGAAUGUUUCCAGGAAAUGCCAAUAAUUCCAUGGAAGAAGAAAAAGAAGCAAAUAGUUCAAUCCCAAGACCCUCACCAAGUCCCCAUCCUCUUGGAAGCAAGACACCAAGUAUAGAACAUUCAGUACCAGAACUUUCUCUCAUUUUUGAUGAAAGCUUCCUAGAGCAUGUGCCAGUGCUGGACAAUUCUCAUUCUACUCCAGCCAAAGAAGUAUUCAACUCGAAAUCUAAAAUUGACAUCAGUGCUCAGGAAAAUGGUCCUUAUCAAUCAAACAGGGUGAAUAAAUCCUCAGGUGGUCCUGUUAACCCAUCUCCUAAAUUGAUGGAGCGGAGUAAUAGACCUGGACCCUUACGGCCAUUGAAUAUGGAUCUUAAUCAGUCUCAUCAAGGUCCUCCAAGCCCAGCUGUAUUGUCUCCACAGCCUAUGAUGAACAGAGGUGUGCCACCUCGGGCUAUGAUGUCACCAAGACCAAGGAUGAACAACCAGUAUCAAGGACCUAAACCAUGUCAACAACAACAACAACAACAACAGCAACAUCAACAAGCAAUGAAUCGACAACAUCCUCCAAAUUAUCAACAACAACAUAAUCAGGGUCCUGUGUAUCACCAACCACCACAAAAUAACUAUGGUCCACCAGCACCGCAGCAAGGUGGCAAUUUUAAUAACGGUCCUCCCUCUCAGGUACAUGGAGGAUAUCGUCCACCAGUCAAUGGUAGACCACGGAUGAAUGCACCUACAACUAACCCUAAUAAUGGAAACAAACAAUGCUACAACAACAGAGCACCUACAAAUCCACCAAUGCAACGCCCACUACUCCGACCAUCUUCAAAUGUACAGACCAUAAAUAACCCUAGAUCUUUCACACCAAUCAAUAAUACACACACUAACCAGCUACCUACACAGCCAAAUUAUCAACAUAUUAAUACUAGGACUCAAGGACAUUACGGCAACAUCUCUCCACCGCAGCGAUUACAAAGCUCGCCACCAGACAGUAGAGUCUCGCCACCACAGAGUAAAAUCUCUCCACCAAGAGGAAGACCACCAACGCCAACUGUUCUAUCGAACGGAGAAGUUAGAAUGCCACCGAAUCAGUACCCAUACAAAAUGCAGCAGCAGCACUCUGAGCAGUAUUCACCACCAAGACAACAACAGCCAAUGUUUGUAGGAGGUCCCAAUAAGAAUAAUUCUCCACCUAAUAACUCCACACCUAUAAGACGUAAUAGCUACUCCAGUGACUCCUCUACUUUAUCUCCUGAUGCAUAUCAGUUACUAAUGGAACAGGAUAAACAACUUAAACUUCUACAGGCUCAGAUUCAGUUGUUACUCCAAGCUCAGACCAACAAUGGCAAUCGUGGCUCCUCUGUUUCUUCAUCUACAACCAUGACACCACCAGCAACACCAGCAAGCAGCACUUGUCUGCCAAACAGCUUCAAUACAGCACCAGCAUUUCGGCAGUCCUUGGGGCGAAAAAUGGACAUGGCUACCUCACCGAUGAACUUUCAGCAACAUAACAGAAUGAGGGCAAUGUCAACUAACACCGGAGCAAGUCUAUUGAUGUCUCCUGCUGCAUCUCACUUCAGUUCUGAUGUUAGCCAGUCACAGGUUUCUAGCACCAGUACUCGUAUGUCAAGCAGGAUGUUUGAUAUGAGUGGGACGUUUGCUCUGCAAUCUAUGCAAGAACAGACAGACAGCAUGGUGUCUCCGAUUGUUGCUGUUGAUUUGCAGAGUUUUGCCGAUAGCAGUCCUCCUCAAAGGCAUCCUGAUUCAGAAAGUAGUUGUAUGAAUUCUAGUAACAUUCAACACGACGAACGAAUACAAAGCCCUGUAUUUGGAGAAAGCGUUAGCAUGCAUAUGCGACAACAGAAGAAAGCAGAACAGCAACAGCAACAACAACAACAACAUCACAAAAUUUUAAAAGAGGAACCAGUUGAGGAAAAUGAGAAUAGUUUACUUAUCAAAGAUGAGAAGAAGUUUUAUGAGCAAGUGUUGGGUCAGGUAAACCAGUUCCUUCAGAAGUCAACAGAUUCAUCAGGCAGUCAAAAUAACAGUGUGUGUAGCAGUGAUAAAACCUUGGAAGAGUCGAAGAGCUAUACUGGUGAUAGUUAUUGUAAUAGCACCAUUCAAACACCAACCAAGAGUGAUCUUACAAAAUUGGGCUCCUCGUUCGAUGACAGUGAUAUCCUUCCAACUAAAGGUUCAUCUGAAUAUUCAAGAUGUGAUUCUUUCACAAGUGAUUAUUUUCCACACAUAAAUUACACAUCGCUGGCUGAUUUUACUAUGGAUGGUGGGGACCUAAGCUUUGAAGCUAAUGCCAUUGCCAUGAAGUAUCUAUCAGAUAAACAGUUGUCCAAACUCUCGCAUCACAUGGGUGAACAACGCCACAAGGUAUCUGAAGAGAAGCUAUUGCAAACAGUUUUAACUAAGGCUGCUUCAGACAAAUCAAUGUUUGGGUCAAGUGUAACCGAUAGCUCUUCUGGGGUGAACAUGUCACUGGCAACUCGCAAAUAUCUCGAAAAAUAUGGACUCUUAGAUAAGUCCGGGGGAAGUAGUAGCUGCAGCACCAUUGAAGAAGUUAGUCUGUGUCAACGUUGUGGCGAGGAAGUCAAAGACAGCCCACAGCAUAGGAGGACAUGCUACAGUCCGCCAUCACGGGACACAAGUUGUAAAACCCCUGAAGUAUCAUGCUUGGAAUGUCAGUCGACGUCGACAAACAGGGUACUAUCAUUUUCUCAAGUGUCACAAGAAUCCAAAAAAACUACCAAAAGCGACUGCAGUACAGGAAACAUUUUAGAUUUGAAGAAACUUCGAGAUAUGCCAAAACUGCUGUAAUUAUAUUCGUUUUAAAACUUACUUAUAAAUGAUUCAACAUACAGCAGAGGACAUAAAUUUGUAGAUACCACAAAGUUCUUUGUUUUUUUUAUUAUUAUAUAUACAAAUCUUGUACAUUUUGUGAAAGUUGGAUAAAUUUAUUCUUUGAACAAUCAUUAUAAACUAUCAUGCAUCCAAAUCAAAGCUAAUUUAAUCUACAAAUGCUAUCUUCCA